AAUAUCACAAUUACAACCACCGAGAUUUACAACGCAACCAUCAUCAUCAGGAUCAAUAGUUAGUGAAGGACGUACGAAAAUUUUACAAUGUCAUGCCUUAGGUUAUCCACAACCAAUGUAUAGAUGGCUAAAAGAUGGUAUACCAGUUGGUGACUAUUCAACUAGUCAAUAUUAUAAAAUUCAUAACACAAGACGUGAAGAUGCCGGAAGUUAUCAAUGUAUUGCAAAAAAUGAUGCCGGUUCAAUAUUUAGUGAAAAAAUUGACGUUGUCGUUGCAUAUAUGGGUAUAUUUGAGGAUUUAACAGAAGGACGUAUAACAGUACAAUCAGGUCAUCCAGCUGUAUUUAAUUUACCACCAAUUGAAUCAGUACCAAUACCAUCUGUAAUGUGGCAAACAGAAGAAGGACCAUUAAAUUAUGAUAUUAAAUAUGCAGUAGUAUCAAAUUCAAAUCAAUUAAUUAUACUUGGUACAGAUGAAGAUGAUCGUAAAGCGUAUCGUGCACGUGCUAUAAAUACACAAAUUGGUAAAGAAGAGAAUAGUGCAUUUAUACAUUUAAAUGUAACUGGUGAUCCAUAUAGUGAAAUAGCACCAGAAAUUAUUGUACAUCCAGAAUCAAAAAAAUUAAAACGUGGUGAAGAAUCAUCUGAAUUACAAUGUAUUGCAAAUGCCAGACCAUUACAUGAAGUUGAAACAUUAUGGUUAAAAGAUGGUAUAUUAAUUGAGAAUGCUGGUAUUGCAUAUACAUUAAAUGAUCCAUGGAAUCGUACAUUAGCAUUAUUAGCAGUUAAUUUAACGCAUUCAGGUGAUUAUGUAUGUCAGGUACGUUUAAAAAGUGGUGGCUAUCCAAUUGUAACAUCAACAGCAAAAAUUAUUGUACAAGAGCCACCAUCAUUUUUUAUACAAAUGAGAGGUGAAACAUUAGGUGAAUAUGGAGCACAAGUAAUAUUACAAUGUGAUGUUAUUGGUGAGCCAGCACCACAUGUAACAUGGUUUAGAAAUGCAGAAGCUGUUAACUUAUCAAGUGGAAGUUAUCAAAAAAAGGACGAUAAUUCUUUGGUAAUUAAAAAAUUAACAAUGGAUGAUUCGGCAAUGUUUCAGUGUCUUGCUUCAAAUGAUGCCGGUGAAAAAUCAGCAUAUACGUGGUUAAGAGUUAAAAAGACCCUAGGUAAACUAAAUAAGGAUAUUUAUAAUCCAAAAUUUAUUACUACUGCAACUGCAACCACAGCUAGUUUAAUUGAUAUCACUGCCACUAAUAUUUCUACCACUAAUAUUAUUACUACUACUUCAGCUACAACUACUACUACUACUACUACUAGUAAUACUAAUAUUAAUAUUUUAACUAAUUCUAAUACAAUUAAUUUAUAUAAUGGUAGUUUGAUAAGAAAUAAUAAUGGUAAUAGCAAUAAUAAUAAGAAUAAAAAUAAUAAUAAUAAUGAAAAAAUAAUUUCAAUGCCAAUUAACAAUAAUUAUAAUUAUGGUAUAAAUUUUAUAAUAAAAAAAAAUGAUAGUAAUAAAAAAUUGUAUAAUGUAAAAAAAAGAAUAAGAAGAUUAGCGCAACCAAGAAUAAUAAGGGUGAGAGCAUCAAAUACUGGAUCAGGUUCUAGACGAAAGCAGUUUCAUUUCGCAACAACCCCAAUUAUGGAAAUUCCACCAAAAAAUGUUACCGCUUUAGAUGGUAAAGAUGCGACAAUAACGUGUAAAGCUGUUGGUGCACCAGCACCUAAUAUUACCUGGGUAUAUAACGAAACUAAACUCGUUGAAAUAACGAGCCGUUUUCAAAUUCUUGAUUCUGGUGAUUUACUAAUAUCAAAUGUACGAGAAAGUGAUGCUGGUUUGUAUUCUUGUGUUCGAUCAAAUGAAGCUGGUACUGUAUCUGGAGAAGCAUAUUUAAGUGUUUUAGUUCGAACACAAAUAAUUCAACCACCAGUUGAUACAACAGUUUUAUUAGGUUUAACAGCAACAAUGCAAUGUAAAGUAUCAAGUGAUCCAACAGUACCAUAUAAUAUUAAUUGGUAUCGUGAAGGUCAAACACAAACACCAAUACAAAAUUCACAAAGAAUUAAAGUACAAUCAGAUGGUACAUUAGAAAUACAAGCAGUUAGAGCUGCUGAUGUUGGUUCAUAUUUAUGUGUUGUAACAUCACCAGGUGGUAAUGAAACAAGAUCAGCACGUUUAAGUGUUAUUGAAUUACCAUUUGCACCAACAAAUGUUAAUGCUGAACGUAUUGAUUCUGUUAAUCAACAACGUGCAAUAAAUGUAUCAUGGACACCGGGUUUUGAUGGAAAUAGUCCAAUAUUAAAAUUUAUUGUACAAAGACGUGAAGUAUCUGAAUUAGUAACAGGAGAAUUUUCAGGUCCAAUACCAGAUCCAUUUUUAAAUUGGGUUACAGAAUUAAGUAAUGUUUCAUCGAGCCGUAGAUGGAUUUUAUUAACAAAUUUAAAAGCGGCUACCACAUAUCAAUUUCGUGUUAGUGCUGUUAAUCGUGUCGGAGAAGGUUCACCAUCUGAAGCUAGUAAUAUUAUUGAAUUACCACAAGAAGAAUUACCGCUUGAAAGAGCACCCUCUGGACCACCAGUAGGAUUUGUGGGUUCAGCACGUUCAUCAUCAGAAAUUAUUGUUCAAUGGCAACCUCCAUUAGAAGAACAUCGCAAUGGUCAAAUAUUAGGUUAUAUUAUUCGAUAUCGACUCUAUGGUUAUAAUAAUAGUCCAUGGACUGAAAGAAAUAUAACAAAUGAAGCACAACGUAAUUUCUUAAUACAAGAGCUAAUAACAUGGAAAGAUUAUGCAGUACAAAUUGCUGCUUAUAAUAAUAUGGGUGUUGGUGUAUUUACUGAAGCAGCAAAAAUUAAAACAAAAGAAGGUAUACCAGAAGCACCACCAACUAAUCUUAAAGUUGUACCAUAUAAUUCAACGGCAGUUAAGGUAUCAUGGAAACCACCAAAUCCACAACAAAUUAAUGGUAUUAAUCAGGGGUAUAAAAUACAAGCAUGGAAAUAUGAUAUAAAUGAGGGUGAAGAAUAUGAAUGUGAAGCAAGAAUGAUUACUGUUCCACCAAGUUUAGUUGAUCCAUUAGCAGAACAAACGGCAAUAUUAGAUGGUUUAGAUAAAUUUACAUCAUAUAAUGUUACAGUUUUAUGUUUUACCGAUCCUGGUGACGGUGUACGUAGUGAUAUGAUACCAGUUAAAACAAUGGAAGAUGUUCCAGAUGAAGUUGCUUCAUUCAAUUUUAUGGAUAUUUCAGAUAGAGCUGUUAAGGUUGUAUGGUCACCACCACGAAAUAAAAAUGGUAUAUUAAGAGGUUAUCAACUUAGAUAUCAGGUGAAAGAUACACCAGAUACACUGAAAUCAUUAAAUUUAACAGCUAAUCAAACAAAUGUAAUGAUAACACAACUUCAAGCAACAACACACUAUUGGUUUGAAAUAACAGCGUGGACUAAAGUUGGUCCAGGUCCAGCAAAAACUGCAACAAUACAAUCUGGUGUUGAACCAGUUCUUCCACAUGCUCCAACACAACUUGCUCUCUCUAAUAUCGAAGCAUUUUCAGUAGUUUUGCAAUUUACACCCGGUUUUGAUGGAAAUUCAUCUAUUAGUUUAUGGACGGUACAAGCUCAAACUGCUCGAAAUCAAACAUGGUUUACUAUAUAUGAAGUACAUGAUCCAGAUGCAACAACAUUAACCGUUAUCGGAUUAGUCCCAUUUACAUCAUAUCGAUUAAGGCUUAUAGCAACAAAUGUAGUAGGCCCAUCAGAACCAUCUGAACCUACAAAAGACUUUCAAACUAUACAAGCCCGACCUAUGCAUCCACCUCUCAAUGUUACUGUUAGGGCAAUGAGUGCUACUGAAUUAAGAGUACGUUGGAUUCCACUUCAGCAAACAGAAUGGUUCGGUAAUCCAAGAGGUUAUAAUAUAACAUUCAGACAAAUUGAUUCAAAUGACAAGAAAAUGACUGCUCCUAUGAGUGUUUUGAUUGAAGAUCACACUGCGAACUCACAUAUUUUAGAUCAUCUUGAAGAAUGGACUGCGUAUGAAAUUUUAAUGAACGCAUGUAACGAUGUCGGUUGCUCUAAAGACAGUCCAAAAGCUAUAGAAAGAACAAGAGAAGCAGUGCCCUCAUUUGGCCCGAUUGGGGUAUCUGCAAAUGCUACAUCAUCAACUACCAUUGUCGUAAGAUGGAAUGAAGUUCCAAAAGCUCAUCGAAAUGGGCAAAUUGAAGGUUACAAAGUUUUUUAUGGUGCUUCAAGUCGAAAUGGACUUGUUUUACAUAAGACUAUAUCAAAUAACUCUUCGUUUACUACAACUUUGACUGAACUGAAAAAAUAUGUAGUUUAUCAUAUUCAAGUACUCGCUUAUACAAGACUUGGGGAUGGCGCACUUAGCUCACCACCAGUACGUGUUCAAACUCAUGAGGAUACUCCUGGAGCUCCCUCAAAUGUAUCUUUCCCAGAUGUUACAACAUCUACGGCAAGAAUUAUUUGGGACGUUCCAGAAGAGCCUAAUGGAGAAAUUUUAGCUUAUCAAGUAACAUAUUCAUUAAAUGGAAGCUCGAACCUAAAUUAUUCUCGAGAAUUUCCACCUUCCGAUAGAACAUUUCGAGCCACACAACUUUUGUCCGAAAAGUAUUAUAUGUUUAGUGUAACAGCACAAACCCGACUGGGUUGGGGAAAAACUGCUUCUGUUCUAGUUUAUACAACUAAUAAUCGUGAUCGACCGCAAGCUCCGUCUGCUCCUCAAAUAUCACGUAGUCAAAUUCAAGCUCAUCAAAUUACAUUUAGUUGGACUCCUGGUCGAGAUGGAUUUGCACCAUUACGUUACUAUACAGUUCAAAUGAGAGAAGAUGAUACUAAGUGGACAUCUUUACCUGAACGAGUAGAUCCAACCGUUACAUCAUAUACAGCCAUCAAUUUAAAACCACAUACAACAUAUCAAUUCAGAAUACAAGCAACAAAUGAUCUAGGUCCAUCUGAUUUCAGCAGAGAAAGUAUAACUGUUCGUACACUACCAGCAGCCCCAUCAAAGGGUGUAUCUGGUUUAAAAGUAGUACCAAUAACUACAACCAGUGUGAGAGUGCAUUGGAAUCCUUUAGAAAAAUCACUUUGGAAUGGUGAUUCAGCUACAGGUGGUUACAGAAUCCUAUAUCAACCUAUUUCGGAUUUUCCAACUGGCUUGGAAGCAACACCAAAACAAGAUGUUAUGGGAAUAACUUCAGAAUCUGUUAUUUUAGCAGAUCUAACACAAGACCGAAAUUACGAAAUAAUUGUCUUACCUUUCAAUUCUCAAGGAACAGGGCCGCAAACCCCUCCAGUAGCAGUAUAUGUAGGUGAAGCUGUUCCGACUGGCGAACCUAGAGCUGUUGAUGCAGCACCAAUUUCUAGUACAGAAGUUCGAUUGCGUUGGAAACCACCAAAACAAAAUAUGCAAAACGGUGAUUUGCUUGGUUAUAAAAUUUUCUAUUUAGUAAUUGAUUCACCACAAGAAUUGGAAGAGGGUCGAAAACAUGAAGAAGAAAUUGAAGUAGUACCAGCUACUACAACAACACAUAGUUUAGUAUUUUUAGAUAAAUUUACAGAGUAUAGAAUACAACUUUUAGCAUUUAAUCCAGCUGGUGAUGGUCCCAGAUCACCGGCGAUAGCUGUAAAAACAUUACAAGGAUUACCAGGUCCACCACAAAAUUUAAAAUUUGAAGAUAUAACAAUGCAAAGCUUAAAAGUAUCAUGGGAUCCACCAAAAAUGAAAAAUGGAGAAAUUUUAGGUUAUCUUGUUACAUACGAAACAACAGAAGAAAAUGAAAAAUUUAGCAAACAAGUAAAACAGAAAGUCACUGGCACUAAUCUGAUAAUUCAAAGUUUAGAAGAAGAAGUCACAUACACAUUUACCGUACGUGCUCAAACAAUUGAUUAUGGCCCUGCAAUUAGCGGUAAUGUUACAACAGGUCCACAAGAUGGAUCACCAAUAGCACCAAAAGAAUUGAUUUUAUCAAAAACUGUAUCAAGUGUUGAAAUGCAUUGGGUAAAUGGACCAUCAGGACGUGGUCCAAUUCUUGGUUAUUAUAUUGAAUGUAAAAAGAGAGAAAGGCAACCUAGUUAUUUCUAUGAUGCACGUUGGGAAACUAUAGCACGUACAACAAGCGGACCAAUGCAAGAAUUUAUUGUUAGUUAUCAAUCAUUAUUGCCAUCAACACCAUAUACAUUUCGUGUUAUUGCAUAUAAUCGAUAUGGUAUAUCAUAUCCAGCAUAUUCAAAAGAUUCAAUUUUAACACCAUCAAAAUUAUAUUUGGAAUAUGGUUAUUUACAACAUAAACCAUUUUAUCGGCAAACUUGGUUUAUGGUUGCAUUAGCAGCAACAUCAAUUGUUAUUAUAAUUAUGGUUAUUGCAGUACUUUGUGUUAAAAGUAAAAGUUAUAAAUAUAAACAAGAAGCACAAAAAACAUUAGAAGAAUCAAUGGCAAUGUCAAUUGAUGAAAGACAAGAGCUUGCAUUAGAAUUAUAUAGAUCUCGACAUGGAGUUGGUACUGGUACAUUAAAUAGUACUGGUACUUUAGGUCGUGGUACAUUAGGUCCAUUAAAUAAAAAAGCACCACGUCCACCACCACCGGCAGCAUUAGGUAAAAGCCCACCAAGACCAUCACCAGCAUCUGUUGCAUAUCAUAGUGAUGAAGAAAGUUUAAAAUGUUAUGAUGAAAAUCCAGAUGAUAGUAGUGUAACAGAAAAACCAUCUGAAGCUAGUUCAACUGAUUCUCAACAUUCCGAAAGCGAAAAUGAAAGUGUUCGUUCUGAUCCACAUUCAUUUGUUAAUCAUUAUGCCAAUGUUAAUGAUUCAUUAAGACAAUCAUGGAAAAAACAAAAACCAGUAAGAAAUUAUUCAAGUUAUACAGAUUCAGAGCCAGAAGGUAGUGCUGUUAUGAGUUUAAAUGGUGGUCAAAUAAUUGUAAAUAAUAUGGCGAGAUCACGUGCACCAUUACCAGGUUUUUCAUCAUUUGUUUGACAGUCAACAGAAUUUUAAAAAAUUAAAUCGAUAAAAAAAAACGCAUACACAAAAAUAUUACUUUUUUUUUUUUAAUUAUAAAUAAAUUAAUUGCAUUUAAAUUAUAAUUUCUAAGAAAAUUAAUUAAAAAUUAAAAUAAAUUGUAUUAAAAAACAAAAAAAAAAAUUAUUGUUUUUAGAAAAUGAAAAAAAAAAUUGUAUAAAUAUAUUUUUGUAAAAGUAUUUUGUAUUUUUGUUUUUAUUUUUAUUGUAUUUAUGUUUUUUU